AACCGUACCAAGGAUAUUUUGAAGCAAUAUGUAAACCGGAUUUGGCUGUACUGAUGAUAAUUAUACAGAUGGACAACAAUCCUAUCUGUCAAUACUAAAUACUCUUUCCAAAUCGUUUUUUCUUCAAAUCGCCACCUAAUUAAUUAUUUUCCAAAUGUUCAGCAUUAAAUUUAAAGAAUAUAUUUAUUAUUUCUAUACUGAGCUUACUGAUGAAGAUUAUUAUAUGAUAUGAGGCCAGGCCAGAUUCAGGAUGAAGCGCUAUUAAACAGUACCCGCCCGCCAUUCUUUGGUCCACUCAAUUCAAUGGGCUCCAUUUUAUCACUGGCGCUCCUCGCCGUGCUCCUCCUCUCCGCCUCCUCUUCCUCCUCGGCCGUCCGCCGCUAUUUGCCGGAAGAUUCAGCUACGCCGGCCAACAUCGUUGCUGCUUGCAAGGCCUCACGUGACCCACCAUACUGUGAACGCGCAUUGACCCAAUCUGGUCAACUGCCGCCAAACGCAACUGCCCUCCAGAUUCUCCGGUCCGUACUGAAUCUCACUUCCCGGCAUCUGGAUACCGCGGAAUCGCAGGUGAAGGAUAUUCUGGCCGGAUCUACUGGGAAUCUGAACCUCACGCGGGCUGCCAACAAUUCGCUUGAGUCAAUUGGGUAUUCUAGGUAUCGGGUCGGGUUGACGGAUCGGUACGGUCUGGAUGGCGAUAAGAUCAAGGACGGGCGUGCGUGGCUGAGCGCCGCCCUGGCUAACCAGUACGGCAGCUGGUCCUCGUUUAGCUUGGUCAACGACACGGCGAAGGUUGUUAAUACGAUGGCGUUUAUCAAUGACACCUUAAUUCCGAUCACCAGCGCAGGGCUGAGCAUGUUAGCGAAUUACGAUGUUUACCGCGAAAACACCGCUUUGUGGGGCCCGCCCACGACCGAACGGAACGGCUACUGGGAGCCUGCCGACGAGUCCGGGUUGGAUUUUGACGGCGGCGUGCCUAAGGACUUGACCCCGAACGUGACGGUUUGCGGCGGCGGCGGAUGCGACUACAGGACGGUGCAGGAGGCGGUUGAUGCGGCGCCGGACCGGAAACCCACGGAGCGGUUCGUGAUUCGGAUCAAAGCAGGAGUAUACAACGAAACGGUUCGGGUACCGUUGUAUAAGUUUAACGUUGUUUUCUUAGGAGACGGGAUGGGCAAAACCGUGAUUACGGGGUCUCUAAAAGUGGGUCAACCCGAAAUGACAACCACCGAAUCCGCCACGGUUGGAGUGUUGGGAGAUGGAUUCAUGGCCAGCAACCUCACAUUCGAGAACACCGGAGUUGGUUCUCAGGCCGUGGCCUUCCGAUCCGACAGCGACCACACCGUGGUCGAAACCUGCGAAUUCCGAGGCAACCAAGACACUCUGUACGCGAAAUCCCUCCGCCAGUACUACAAAUCCUGCCGCAUCCAAGGAAACGUAGACUUCAUCUUCGGAAACGCCGCCGCGUUCUUCAAGAACUCAGAAAUCCUGAUCGUACCCAGAGCAGUGGACCCCGAGAAAGGCGAGAACAACGCCGUCACGGCCCACGGGAGGGUCGACCCUGCACAGACAACAGGGUUCGUGUUCCACAAUUGCAGCGUGAAUGGCACCGAAGAGUACCUUAAACUGUACUAUAAAAAUCCCAAGGUGCACAAGAACUACCUUGGGAGGCCAUGGAAGGAGUAUUCGAGGACAGUUUUUAUAGGGUCAAGGUUUGAGGUUAUAUUGUCAAAGGAAGGAUGGCUGCCGUGGAAAGAUGAUUUUGCACUGAGUACUCUUUAUUACGGUGAAUUGGAAAAUACGGGGGGCGGUGGAAGCACAGCUGGGCGUGUGAAUUGGAGUAGCAUUAUUCCGGAACACCAUGUAAACUCAUAUUCGGUUCAUAAUUUUAUCCAAGGUGAUGGAUGGAUUCCUCCUCCUAAAUCUACCUAAGCUAGGCCAUCAACCCAAACAAACAGUACCCUAAAAUGGGGGUUUUAAUAAAAACAAGAAUACCAUAAUUAAUUUAUGAGCUUA